CUGACAGGUCCGACACAUAAACAUCGGAUAGAUUUCUCCGCAUCCAAACACCCCCAAAAACAAAGAAAGCAAAAGAAAUUUCCAAACUCAAACCUGUUUCUUUCUUCUCUAUCCUUUUUGAUCGGUGGAACAAGUAGAUGGUCAGCUCAGCUUGAUCCUCCUCAUCAUCAAUUGAUGGACGGUCGUGAUGAAGAUGCUGCUGUACCUCUGGCUUCUGAAGUCUCGUGCUCGAUUUGCCUCGAUUUAGUCUCUGAUACGGGCGCCAGAUCCUGGGAUAAGCUUCAAUGUGGCCAUCAAUUCCAUCUAGAUAUUUUUCAUUUUUUUCCUUAAUUAUUCUGGUUUUUUGGGUAAAAAGUUAUUUUUCAAGUUCUUUGUUUUUAUCAGUGAAAUUGUUAUGAUAGAAGUCUAGCUGGAUAAUCUUAUUCAUGUUGAUAUACGGAUUCUUUGACAUUCAAGUGGAUCUGUAACCUUUAAGGCAUGCGUAUCUUAAGUUUGCCUGGUAAACUAAGGGAUGAAGAACAAGGUGGUUUUUAGAUGAAGUACACUUCAUGCAUUGCCCUUUUCAGCUUGAACCAUGCUUUUUCUGUGUUGCUUUGUGCCAUGUUGUUUUUUGUUCGACAUAUGCCUUCAUUCUGUCAUUAUUGGUUUGGAUGAUUUCCUGCUUAUGAAGGGGGCUAUGCAAUGCCCGAAUUGCCGGAAGGUUGAAAAAGGUCUGUGGCUGUAUGCAAAUGGCUCCUCUCGAUCACUUCUUGAGCUAACCAUGGAGGAAUGGACUCUUGAGGAGGAUUAUUAUGAUCCAGUUUAUUCUUAAAUACAGCAGUUUAGAGCUCAAUGGUGUCCAUUUGCCGGAUUCACAAGAGUUGGGUCAUCACCUGAGUAAGCUAUAUCUCUCUUUUGAUGGUGUUGAUUUCAUUUUGACAUUUCUUGGGGGUACUUUGACUGUGAAACUGUUAAAACUAUGUUCUUUGAAUUUUUAGUUGUUUAAUGCUGAAACAAAAUUCUUCACAACAAUUUAACUACGUCGUUGGAAUAGUAUUCUCUGAUAUUGGCAAUUUUUUUACCCAGUUUAUUCUUUUCUUGGACUUUAUUUCUUUGGUAUUCGAGCUUUUUUACAACCAAGAUGAUAACAGCCUCCUCACUCUCAGAGUAAGUUUCUUGUUGAAGUUUUUCUCUCGAACUACUUUGAGGAAUUAGACUGACCAGGUUAAAGCAAUUCCAACUUCUGUUGAAUUGGUUAAGUUGCAGAAAAUUGCUUAUUUCUUUAUUGCCAUCCAUUCUUUGGAACAUGUUACAUUUUUAAAACCCCUCCGAUUCUUAAAAGCAAGGGACUUGCAUCUACUUUUAUCUGAGAAAUCUUAUGCAGAUACAUUUUCCUUGGCAGAUAAAGUCAUUCAAAGGAAUGAUAAUGUAAAGAAAUAUCGCUUGACAAUCUCUCAUUUUCCCUGUUCGCGUUAAUAGAACUGUAAGAGGAGAGAGACAGUUUUAUAACCUUGUUGGUUGUUUACUGAAAAAUAUCCGGGAGUUCCUUUAAUAAAAACGUCACUGCUCUCUGACAUGAUGCUUUAUUAUAUCUUUCAGGGAAGUUGAAUCUCCAUCAUUACAUGUAAGUUUUUCUAUGAUUACUGUUACUCACUUCAUCCCCAUUCUCUGGUGACUCAAUGAGGCAACAACUAUGUGACUCAAACAUGAAAAUCCUUCUCGACGUAGAACAUGAAAUAUAUGGACACCAUACUAUAUUUGCUGAACACGCUGCUUCUUCAUCUGUGGCUUGUUCAUAUGUUGGAUCACUUUCAUCAUCCACUACAAGAAAUAGUGAUAGCGUUGAUGAUCCCAACUUUAAUCUCCAUUGGAACACCCUCACUGGACACAAUGAGAUAUUCAUUCUCUAUGCUUUGCCCACCAUUAGAAUCCAACAUCAUAGUUGGGGCCUCCAUUCUCCAAAUUUCCCUGUAUCCAAUAGCCAUAUCAGCAAUACUGAUCCUACUUCUCUUCCAGCUGCAGCUCUGAGAUCUUCUAAUGCUGAACUUGAUGCUGCAACUAGACCCAGCUCAUUUUGGCAUCAUUCUCCCUUUGAACAUGGGUCCAGUUCUAGAGGUGGGAGUUCGUUCGUCUCUUCAGUUUUUGAUCGUUACCCGGGCGGUGGUGCUCAUAUGCAUGACAGAAUCUGGCCAUCGCUUGCCUACUAUCGACAUCAACAUCGUUUCCAUCAACAGCGCUUCAAUCGGCCUGGCGUGCCUGCUCCCGUAGUUCCUGGUGUAAGAGGUAUGGCCCCAAUGACCCCAGCAGUCCCCCAACCUGAUCAAAUCGGUGGCUUCUAUGUCUAUCCUUAAUCAGGCUCAUCAGGACAAUGCAGAAAGCUCUUAUCCAAAUAAUUACAUUGCUUUUGAAAGAGAGUGAUUACCUCAUUUCUGAACCGUUACAAGAGUCUCCUAGCACUGGUUCUGGUAACCGGUCUGGCAUCAACCUUUUGAUUGGUUGUAAAUGCAUUUCAGUUGGUCUGUCACGUGUUUGUUUCAAAGGAUUGCUCCGACUUUAGACUGGCAUGAAAAGUAAACUACAAGAACCGCUAAACUUAAUCAAAUUUUGUAAAUUAUGGUAGAAUUUGGCCGCGAGGCAGACCACGAGAUCCAUAAAUACUUGAUUUGGAUUGCA